CUGACAAACAUGUCUGCGCCCUGUAACAUCAACAAAGCGAUAUCUGAUCUCAAGUGUUGAACGAGUUUUACACGCUUUAUGCAAAAUUAUGUCGGUACGAGAAAUUGUUACCCUUCAAUUUGGCCACUACUCAAAUUUUGUUGGGACUCACUGGUGGAAUGUUCAGGAAUCUUCAUUUGUGUAUGACCCCCAACUUCUGAGCACUUUUCCCAAAGAAGUGAACCAUGAUGUCCUCUUCAGAGAAGGGAAAACUAUAUCUGGACACACCACAUUCACACCUAGACUAGUACUUGUUGAUCUCCAUGGAAGCCUGGGCUCUCUCCGGAGGGAAGGCACUCUGUAUGGCGCCAGCAGUGAAGAGAAUAUUCAGUGGCUUGGGGAUGUGACUCUGCAUCAGACUGAGGCUUCAGAAAAGAACAAAUUUUUACAAGAUCUGUAUGAGGAUCAGGCAGAAGAGACAAGCAGUGACAGGAGUUGUAAACUGAAGGAUGCAGAAACAUCCGAUACUGAUGGUCCUGACACUGGAAAGCAAGACUGCGAUGAUUCAGAAGAGUCGUCAAAGUCUGAAGCAGAACUACCGGGCCCUCACUCUUAUCACCUAGAUUCAGAUGUGACUGUGUGGUCUGACUUCUUACGUACGGGCCUGCACCCUCGGUCCAUUCAUCUUGUGAAGGAAUAUCAACAUAACAAUUCUCAGAAUGACUUUGGCAUAUUUGGGCAAGGUCAACAAAUAGCAAAAACUGAUAGGGAGUGGGAAGCCUUGGAAGAUCAGAUCCGCUACUUCACUGAGGAGUGUGACCAGUUACAGGGUUUUCACAUUCUCUUGGACAAUCAUAAUGGUUUUGGAGGCUUGUCAUCAUCUGCCCUCUCCUACCUGUCUGAUGAGUUCUCCAGCAAGUCAAGGCUGAGCCUGGGCCUCACUCCUGCUUGUCCUCCUGAUCAGACUGCAGUGGAGAGGUCAACCAGAAUUCUAAACAGUGCAUUAAGUCUUCGGCAUUGCUCUGAGCACAGUUCUCUCUAUGUCCCUCUCUCACUGGCUUCUUCUUUGUGGAGGAACGUUGGGGCACCUGUCAAAUUUGACAAUCUGCAAUAUAAGGCAGAGCUGGACUAUCACACCAGUGCUGUCCUUGCUGCGGCUUUAGAUACAGCCAGUCUACCAUACAGAAGAGAGAAUGACCCAGCAAGCAUCAGUGAUAUCACCUCAUCUUUUAGCUCUUUAGGAAGAAAGGUCAGUGCUUUGAAUCUCAGCCUUCCUUUCCCUCUGCGUAUGGGAACCACAGUUGCAGAUACUCUAGUUAGUUUGGGUCAAACUGACCCAUGGACAUCCUUGACCCCAAGUGUACACUGCGUCUCAUCACCAAUGUUCCAGUCCUGUGUACUUCGUGGAGUUCCGCAGCUUGGGGCAAAAAGACUUGUAUCUGAUAGCCCUGCCUCACGCCUUUUGUCCUCUUGCUCGUCUGUUGAUGAUGUGCUGAGAUUGUAUCUCACCGAGACGUACCCAGGUAGUUUCAACUCUGGCUGCCACAUGAGAGAUGGAGUUGUUGUGUCAACACCUUUCCCGCAUAUCUUCAGUCCUGGUGUGAACUGGCAUGGCUUCCUCUCAGAUACAGAGCGACCGUCUCAUCUUGGUGUGGAGCGCGUUCCUGUCUUGACGUCUCUCCAGUCUACCUCCGAUGUCUUCUCCCACAUAGACAGCUUGACUGAGAGUGUCUCCAAGUUCAACAUCAGCAAGCAUCAGCACUUCAUUGAGGCAGGACUGGAGCCAGAUGACUUUACUGAAACAAUUCAUGAACUAAGAUCGUUGGCUCAGUGCUAUGCACCGGAGUGAAAUGUCUCAGUAUCUGCUGUACUACUCUUGACUUAUUUGGUCAAAUUUGAUGUGCUGCUUUGAUAUUGGAAGAUAGCAAUUUACUUAAGCGAGAGUAGCCAUAUACAGUAGUCUCUGCCUAAACGCACGCCAUACAAAAGCACGCUCCGCUCAAACGCACGCUUUUGUCAUCUGACAGGUUUUUUACUAUAUAAUUUAGACGUACAAACGCACGGUCACUCCCUCUAAACGCAUGCUUCGAUCCGCGGAACACGCUGACAUGUAAAGCUGGACUAAGAGAAAUUUUCACUACAACCUGCACAGCUUGCAAGACAAGCCUAGAAAACCGGAUGUUUGGUGAUACUACCCCUCACGCCGAACAAAGAGAGUGAUGGACAGCUUUUUCACACCCAACUUUCCACAGACACAUAGGUCUAGGUCU